AUGCAUAACCACAAGCCAGAUAUUUUGGGGAUCGUCAAUCCGGGAAAGAAGAGUUUCUGGGCAGACCACUUCAGCAUAACCCUGACCAACGUCGAUCUGACAUAUGCAGAGCUUGACCCUAUCUCGACUGGUGCUUUCUUCGCGGUGAGCGCCUUCAACAACUUAGGGAUGGCACUCUUGGAUGCCAACACAACUGCCCUCCAAGCCAGCUAUUAUGCCCUUUUCACAUUGUCUCUGUUGAUCCUGGCAGGGAACACUUGCUUCCCGCCAUUCCUCAGACUAAUCCUGUGGACGAUGAACCGAUUGAUUCCAGAAAAUUCAGUCUCACUGAAAUGGCAACGCCGAAGGCGAACAUUACAAUUCUGUCUUGACUAUCCUAGAAGAGUUUACAUCAACCUUUUCAAUAGCAAACAGACCUGA